AUGUCUGAAUACCUACCUCAAGAAAUGCUGAUCAAGAUCCUCACCAGGCUACCGCCCAAGACUCUCAUCAAGUUCAGAUGCGUCUCCAAAACGUGGAACUCACUCAUCUCCAGCCCCUAUUUCAUCUCAGCCCACACCCAACGCCAAAUCCUCUUCUCCAAACCCCAAGCCAUCCUCCGGCGAUACCUCAGGCCCUUACAGACCGAACUCUACUCGCUCCACCGCGAAUUCGACUGCGAGGACUUGAAAGAACAAGGCACCGAAAUCGAGUACCCUUUUCGCAACCUCACCCGUUUCUAUUUCCGGAUCGUCGGCUCCUGCAACGGCGUGCUCUGCCUCUCGGACGACCUCUUCGGGCGGCCCGGCCCGAUCCUGCUCUGGAACCCGUCGAUCAAAAGGAAACUCGUGCUGCCAGAUUCAGACAAUGCGGGCGACCAGCCGUACUCUCACGUCCGCGUGCUUGGGUUCGGAUAUGAUCCUAUGCACGACGACUAUAAGGUUGUGAGGCUAAGUUAUGUGCAGGGGGACAAUGGCUACCCCGUGCCCCCUGAGGCCGAGGUUUUCGCGCUCAGCACAAAAAGUUGGUGUAAGAUUAAUCCGGGCCGAGUCCCCGAGAAAUGUGUGGUCGAGUAUUUCUGGUCGCAGGUUGUUAUCAAUGCGAACGUGCAUUGGGUUGCUUAUAAGGAUUCAGGAAGGCAUGCUAAGGAGGAUGUGUCCCGAGUAGCAGUGAUAGUGAGAGUGAAAAUGAGUGUGAGUCUGUUGAGGAUGUUGAGAAGAGUGAGCUUUGGAUGCAGUGUAGCAUGUCUCAGUAUCUGA